UUGCUUUUAUUUUCUCCUCUUUCUUUCCUUAUUGGAUCUAUUCCGUUCAACUUUGUCUUAUUCUCCCUCUUUCCCUCCCUUCCUCUCCCCUUUUUUUGCCAGCAGCUCUAUGCCACACUCGAUAUAAAAUAAAAGGCUAAUGAGUAACUUGGAAACAAACGUAAUUGCCCUAGCGGCACCGACGCGAUCGAUAAAGUGGUACCAAUAUGAGUGCAGUCAGCGGGAGGAUCCGUCCAAGGAAUCACAGGUGCUUUUGACAUGUCGACAGCUCUUGGACGCGCGAAUCCCCUGCUUUUGGCGACUUCGCGGGGUCACCGAAAAGGACAUGACGGAGAUGCAAGAGUUCAUACAUAACGCACAUACGGUCCCCAAUCUCGCAUUACCCAGAGAAUGGACCGUCUGGGUAUUCUAUGCAGCUGCUCCCGAGCAAGAAUCACCAGUUAAUAUUCCUUCAAACUUUAAAGUUGUCAGUAUGGGCGAGAUCAGUUGGAAAUCGGCAGUUGCGGCGGCAGCGGUCGUAGUGGGCGAGGGAUACGGAGAUUCAGAAGAUGAUGGCGCAACAGCGCCGACUUCGGAGAUGUACGGGUUGUUCCAGCGCGCCUUGGACAAUAUGAUCGACCGCGCCCUGCUGCCCUUAUCGAUUGUGCGGUUUGGGUUUCGGCAAUGGAUCACGCUAGCAGGUCUCCCACCCCAGCAGCAGCAGGGACAGGAACAGGAACAACAGCAUCCGCAGCCGCAGCCGCAGCCGCAGCUACCCAUUUCCCGCCCACUUGUUUCCUCCGCCAGCAUGGAUUUUCUCCAAGCCAGCGCCUCGCUCAGCCACACACCUCAACCACCCUCGCCACCCACUGCCACCCACCCGCAACAGCGGCAACAGCAGCAUCCGACGUUUCUCCUGCGCUUCACCACCUGCAUCUCCUCCCAACGGCUCCUCAUACAGCCCAGUGCUCGCAUUCUAAAAUUCCUCCGCCCACUCACACUAACGGACACAAAGCCACGGCAAUCAGCCACAUUGGACGGGCCUACAGUCAGGCUGGCACCAUACGGCAUCUUGGCAUGUCUUCUGGGCGCACCAAGCGGGGCAUCGGCGGAGAACGAAACCGAGGCUAUGGCGGGUUGGACGCAGGCAUUCGGGUACCCCGAUGGUCUGAUGCAUGUGGAGGGCGGUUCGCAGAUGGUGUGGAUAAGGUUGCUCGAAGGCAAUCCCAUGCUGUACCCUAGGCGCCUUGUACUUAUUGACGAGGAUGAAAAGAAGGAACCUGAGGCCAUAGUGACAGUGGCAGAGGCAACAGCGAUGGCAGAAGAAGAGGCCGUGCGCCAUGUGGACGCGAUCGAGAGAGAUGCGCCUGUGAAGGACGAGGAAAACAAAAGCGAGGGCGAAGCCAUGGCAGUUGACACCAAGGAGGAGGGCGAAGAGGGCGAGGAAGGUGAGGAGGGCGAAGAGGGCGAGGAGCUCAGCGAAGAGGGUGAGUUUGACGAAGAGGGCGAAAUUGCAGACCCCGUCACAACUACAACCACAACCACAUCCGUCAUUGCCCCUCAACCGCGACCGCCGCCCGGCCCACUCUCCACCGAGCUGGAUGCAAUCAUAUCCAGGCUCCGUGCCGAACCACCCCUGCAUAAACCAGAUCCAACUCUCAAUGAAAUCCGCAAAUCCGCUGCGCUUUACCACCAGCAAGUCCGUGCCGAACAAGAACAGCAGCAAAAACAGAAGCAACGAGAGAAGGAGGAGGAGGAGGAGGAGUUGCGCAAGCGGCAAUUGGAAGCCACGGCAGCCCAGGCCAAGGCGCAGGUGGGGUCUCCAGCAAAGUCCAAGGCCAAUGGGACAAAGAAGCGCGCCCGGAGCAAUACCCGAGACGACGCCAGCAACAAGACGCGUAGGAAGUCUGUUUCUGAGAAUUCUGCAGCCGCCAAGACCUCGGCCAUGGAUGUAGAUGACUCAGCGGAGCCACUGGCCAACAUUCUGGCGGCGACGAUCACGUCCAACGGGGUUGGAAACGGCAGUGGCAACGGCGAUAGCGGCGAGAUUGACUCGCUGUUUGGUGACAUAGUUAUGGACGACAUGGCAAUGGCCGGCGGCGGUGAUGACAGUCUGGGCGGGCCCGUUGUGGCAGCCAACGAGCAGACAGCGGGCAGUGGCGGCGGCGGCGGCGGCGACAUGGGGUUGGGCGGGUUCGGGCAGCUGGGUGACAUGGGGCUGGGCAUGGGCAUGGACGGCGACUUCUCCGCCAUGUUUGGCGUCACUGACGACGACUUUAGCUUCUUCGACUCCGAGCCCACGCACCAGCCCAAGCCUGCCAUGCCUCCGCCAGUCCCGCUGAGCAUUAGCCCGGCGGUGGUUAUCCCGGAGCCAACCACAUACCCCAUCAAAUCUGUUGACUCCACGGCCGUUAUUGCUGAGGAGCCCGUGCAGGAUAUCGAUGAUUUGUUCGAUGAUGGCAUGUUUGACUCAUUCUUUGGCGGCGGUCCGCCCACAGCCACAGAAAUGCUGGUCGAAGAUCCCCUGGGGGCCUACGCUGACGAGCCUCCCGCGGCACCGACUUCCCCAGUUGCUGUUGCAGCCGCCGAUGUGACUGCCAUGCCACCCGUGCACACGUUGUCGUCACCGCCACCAGGCAGUCUCACCGUAUUGCCAGUGGCCGACUCGCAGCCAACGCCUGCCGACUCCUCAUCGGCCGCUGCCACCAAUGUCGACCUGGCCACGCCGGCAUCUAUCAAAAUCACGCCUGCCGCUGCAGCCGCAGACCACCAAACUCCCACUGCCAGCGUUGCCCUUGCCGAAACAAUGACUAGCGAGUACAAACCUCCUUUGCCGUCGAAACCCAAGCAGCAGCAACCACAGCAGCAACAGCCCAUCGACACUACGCCCUAUGGCUAUGUGGUCACGCCGUACGACGACAUCGGCAGCAGCGCGCGCUCAUGGAUGCGCGACCAGCCACUGGCCACGGCUACCCCCGAGCUGUGCGAGAAGCCCCUGAACCCCGUCGCUUGGAUCAAGAGGUUUGCCGCGCGCCGUCGCGAUAGCAGCAACGCCAACAGCGGCAGCGGCAGCGGGAACUUGCAGAGCAUCGGAAAACUGCGUGGGUGGCUGGCGUCGUAUCGCGCAAAGGCAUCGUAUGCGCGUGAUUUUGUUCCCCGUUUUGCAAGGGCGCCGGCUGAUGGUGCGAAGGACAGGCAUUCUCGCCUGGGGAUGUCCCCCAUGGACCACAGAAGCCCUCUCGGGUCUUCGGCCUCCAAUGCGUUACGCAGCUCUGGCAAUGCAGAAGAUGCGCACGCUGCCGAGGAGGAUUCUCGAGCGGUGUCUUUUACGAGCAUAAUAAACCCCCGAGGAUCCGCAGCCGCAGCCGUCCGCAACAGCAGCACCAGCGGCAGCGACAGCCGGAUGGCCGGAAUCCCGUCGAUUAUGCCCUCCCUGGACCACCAGUCCGAGCAGUAUCAGGAGCAGAAUAAGGAGGAGUUGCGGGGCGUGACUAUCAGGGCGACGGAGCCCGGGCUGGUUCCCUGGUGGAUGCACCGCGCCGGGCUAUUCGCCGACUUACUGCUCUCUGCCCAUCAUCCGCCCUCCGCCCGGUGGAUGCCAACCAUUGCGCCGAUGGUUUUCCUGGCCAAAGUCUCAGUGGCCGGCCAUUCGGCCACAUAUGAGGGCGAAAUCGCCCUGCAAUCCGACCGCCGCCCUGCGUGCCGCCUCGGCGACCUGGGCGCCCGCAUCGGCGGCCUUUUGGCGCUCGGAACUUUGCGCGAGUCGGCAGAUAAGGAUGCCGAUACGAUUGUGGAUGGGAUUACAGAUAAAAAGGGGAGCCAGGACGCGCGGGAUGCGGCGUUGCUGCUGCUGGAUGCCUGGCUUGCACGGAUGCGCACAACGGACAAGUGGGUGGGCAUCAUCGAGACCAUAGCCGAGUGGGCCGCACACGGGGCACUUCCCCCGACUCUCACUGCUCCAGCGCCGGCACCAGCGCAUGACCAGCAAGGAUCUACUCACCUAGUCAUCUCCGCCAUAUCCGCGCACCUCUCACUUCUCUGGCCCUCAGCAGCCGAAGUUGCACAAGUGCAGUCGCCAACCGUGUUCGAGUUGCCAUCCUCGGGCCCCCUGACUCUAUCGCGGCUAAUAGCACUGGACAGCCCAGUGCCAAUCAGCAAGUACCGGGGCUUUGUAGUGAAAAAGCGACGCACGAUACAGCCCGCCACCCAGACAACCUCCGCGGCAUCCCUGCCAAUCCCCUACGGCCCAGGCACUCUGGAGCCUCUCCCACCCGCCCACCUCGUAGUGGGCACCCAUGGCCAGCAGGACGUCUCGUUGCCGCUGGCUAUGCUGCAGAACCGCGACGCGCGGUCACUUUAUAUUAAGCGCUGGCGGUACAUGCAGACGCUGGCCAGUCGCGCGAUCUGCGAGCAGCGUUUGGCGGACGGCGAAAUCGAAGAAACUGAGGAGGGCGAGGAAAGGGAGGAUGGCGAAGAAGGCAACGACGACGACGCCACGACAGCAGCCAUGGCGGCGGUAGCAUCGAGGGACGGAUCAGCGGAUAAUUUUGCAGCGAGAGAGUGGCCGGACCCAGAUGGAUUGCAGGAAGCCGAGGAUGCGCUGCGCCGCGUGUGUAUGGUCACAAGCCCGAUAUCGCUGCGGUGGUGGUCCGCCCUGCAGAUGCGGCCCAUUGGAGCGUCCAAGGACAUCCGCUGGUGCGCAAUGCUUCCGCCCUUCACCAAUGACCACGCAGGUGCCAUUGAUGCGUACUUGGCCAGCGUGGACUCGGCAUACCAGACCUGCCAUCUGGGCACGCACCGCCCGCUGGGCCUGCACAGCCGCGCGCUCUCAGGAAUCCUGCCACCCUUUUCUUCCUCUUCUGUAGCAGAGUCUGCAGAUUCUGCAGACUCUGAAUCCUGGCACGCUCAGCUUCUGUAUGAUGCUGAGCGCCUGGGCACCAGCAUGGCCCACGCGUGGUUCACCACCGCCAGUCACCAAGACCAGAUACCGCCCAAGCCUGCUGUCACCGCCACCUGUCUGGUAGCAUACGUGCUCGUGCCCUUUGCACACCAGACCGUUGCGCCGUGGGUGGCGCUGGCCGAGGCAUCCUGCGUUCUGCGAAGUGUCUUUGAGGCCAGCUUGGGGAGUCUGAUUGCCCGCACAGCCUCGGGGGUCCCGUCCAGCUUCUCACCCAUCCAUGCCAGCAUCCCCUGGCCCUCCUUGCUCGUGCACCCGCUGCCACUGGACCUUAUAUGCGACUGGUUCGCCGGCCGCAAAACACCCGUGUCCGCUGCCGACGAGCUCGCCAUAGCCAUCUACAACAGGUGCUUGGAGUCCCUACCUGCACCGCCGCCCCUCGUGCACACGCCAUUUGCGGCAUCCGCAGUGCCAACCUCGCUGCAGCCGAUCUCGGUCACCGGGGAGAUUGGCGAGUUCAUCCAGGCCUGCGUCAAGCGGACUCGCCGUAGGCCGCAGGCGACACGGUCGCCAGGGUGUUUUGCGCUCGUGCAGGAUCAGCCGAUUGAUUCUUUCUCUGCCGCAGGCACUCGGGCGUUCGCACACCGGGCGUUUAUCGUGUCAUCACCAUGCACUUUUCCGAGCCGCGGGUCGAGCUCGUUGGCGCCCGCCACAAUGUCCAUGGCCAUGGCCGCCCUGCGCACAGACAUUGGCGAUCCGACCAAUGAUAUGUCUCGCGCUGCCCUACCCGUGGCUGCCACCGCCUCUUCUGUCUCUGCCAGCCGGAUUCCUAGCGCAUACCCGGCAGCACCACAACCGCUAAUCCCCUCCCCUACCGUACAACCAGCAUCGGUGUCGGUGGUCUCAGCAAGCCAGCCAUUGGAUGAGGCAGCAGGUGCGCCUGGCAGUAAAUUAUCUGCAGACUCGUCAAUGUUGGAUCUAGAAGAGGUCCGCGUCGAGUUCCCCUCGCCAACCUCGACACUCUCCCGAUCGCAGUACACCGCCCUGGUGGCCCACCCCCUGCGACCCAAUGACGAGACAAGCACCCUGCACUGCAUAUACCUGGUGGUUCGAAACUGGAUCGUCGUUUGUUGGUGCGAUGAGCGCGGAGAGUACAUGGAGCACGAGGUUUUUGCAGACAACCAAGGGGGAUUGUCGAGGACGAAAGGUGAUAAGAUUUCUGCUUCUGCUGCGGGGCGUAUUUGGGCUGGAUGCUUGAGGUAUCGGGCUCUUUUCGGCGGUCGGUUGCGCGUGGUCUUGGGCCAGUGGCAGGGCACGUCUGUGGAGCAAGCGGCAGAGUGGCGGGCGUAUGCGGGUGCAUGGAGUAAACAUACCGAUAAUGUUGAUCUUGUUCUGGUCAAUAUUGGCCUCAACCCACCUGAGGGUCUCUCACUGAUACACUCGACAACAAGCCAUCCCACCAAUUCUGCUGCUGCUGCUGCCACUACCACCACUGCUACCAAGAAGCAGCCUUCAGAUCACAAUAUCCCUGACCCCACCACAAGAGUAUCCGAAACUAACGUACCACAAUUCACGCUUAUCCUGCACUCGCAACAACCACACCUCCACUUCCUGCGAACCACAUCUGAUCGCCCCCAGGAUUUCCUCGAAGAUGAAAUCAUCUGCCAUUCCCAAGUAUUCCCCACAGGAUACCUAAUAAUGGAAAGCACCUCGCCUGCCCCCGCCGCCGUCGCUGUUCCCUGCCUCUGUGUUCAGUUGCUCUCUCCCUCCCCCACUCACAAUCAGGCAUCAAGUGCCGAUAUGACGUUUGAUCUCUUGACCACAAGAUCUGUGCUUAAGCAGUACCAUCAGAUGGCAUGGCUCAGGCACGCCGAGCUUGAUUUGCGCACCCUCAGGGCCCCGAGUAUUGGCAGUGAGGUUGCUAUUGGGGGUUCUGGCGGUGAGUCAGAUGGCACAUGGCCUGUGCGCUAUUUGCCCCUGCCAAUCGCUGUACUUGAGGAUAUCCAAAGUGCAAUUGAGCCACUGCUGUUACUGCCUCAGAACCCAUGAUGUUUUUCCUGUUUCUAAUUCUGCUAAUAUUACAAAUGUUUUCUUGUUUCAAAAAAGCGAUAAAAAAU